CUUGCACAAGCUAAUUGAAUGCUUUCAUCAAUACACCUUGGCAACAUGGAAGUGAAAAUUAUCUCUAGAGAAAUCAUCAAACCUUCUUCUCCCACCCCGCACCACCUAAGAAGCUAUAAGCUUUCUCUUCUAGAUCAGAUCGAGAUAGCUGAAUCCAUAUAUAUCCCGCUUAUUCUCUUUUAUUCGGUUGCCUCCAGUGAUCCCGGAAAAAGAUCUAAUAUACUCAAAGAGUCUCUCUCCAAAACGUUAACCCACUUCUAUCCAUUUGCUGGAAGAGUCAAGGAUAGCUUCACUAUUGACUGUAAUGAUGAGGGUGCCAUCUACAUGGAAGCUCAGGUAGCCACUGACAUGUCCACUGUUUUUAAAGAACCUGAGAGUACUAAUUUGCUGUUGUCACUACUUCCCUGUGAUCCCCUUGAAAGGUUUUCUGAACCAAGUGCUAAGGUAAUGGUAGCAAUUCAGGUGAGCUUCUUUGCUUGCGGUGGCAUGGCAAUUUGUGCUUGUGUUGAUCAUGUGGUAGCUGAUGCAGCAGCAACAGCAACCUUUCUUAAAACCUGGGCUGCGGUUGCUUGUGGUGCCAAUUAUGUUGAUAAUGAUCUGAUCUACAAUCGCACCUCUGUCUUUCCUCCACUGGAUUUAUCAGGCUUUUCGAAGCAGUUUGCCGGCGAAAAAAAGGAUAAAAAAGUGUUGACAAGGAGACUCUUGUUAGAUGGCUCUAGGAUAGCUUCUUUAAGAAAUGAAAUUGGUAAUGGAUUGUGCUCUUAUCGUCCAUCAAGGUUUGAGGCUGUGUCAGCACUCAUUGGGUCUGCUAUUAUGUCCACAACUACAAAAAAGGAUGAAACUUUCCCCAUGGUGGCACUUGCUGUGAAUUUGCGAAACAGAACGAAUCCACCUUUUCCACAACAAUGUAUUGGAAAUAUCUUCCACUUGGUACAGGUGGAACCACAAAUGGAGAAGACGUUUAAUCGUAGCAUUCUAGCAAGAAAAAUUCAUGAGUCCAUAAACAAGGUUGACGAUAACUAUGUGAAGAACCUUCAUGCAGAUGGUGGCUACCUUGAUAUAAUAAAAAAUUUAGUAAACAAUAAGAUUAUUUUUAGUUGUUGGUGUCGAUUUCCGUUCUAUGAAACUGAUUUUGGAUGGGGAAAGCCAAUAAGGAUUGCAACUGCUUUGGGAAUCGAAAGGGGUGCCUUUUUCUUGGAUACCAAGGAUGGUGAGGGAAUAGAAGCAUGGAUAACACUUGCUGAGGAAGAUAUGGCCAAAUUUGAGCAGGACCCUGACAUCCUUGCUUAUACUUCUGUCAAUGGAAGCAUUUAAUAUUUCUGCACUCAUAAUUCUGUAAUAAAAUGCUGUGCGUUAAACUUAAAAAGAAGAAAUUGUAAGAAAUGGUCAUUCUUAUAAGUCCAUUUCAGAAAUAAUUUAAAAUGAUUUUAAUAUAAAGUUGAUUGUUUUUAUCCAUUUUUAAU